AUGGAGAUUAUAAAUCUCUUCUCCAGCGAAAAGGGCUUCCAAGAGUGUGUUGAGAGAUACGAUGGUGAUGAUCUUAUAAGUCGAUUACCCGAUGACAUUCUCCUUGUUAUCCUGUCUUUCCUCCCAUUGAAAGAAGCUGGGCGAACAAGUGUUCUUUCUUCUCGUUGGAGAAACCUGUGGAGUUACACCUCACAUCUCAACUUUGAUGACUAUAGUUCGAUGGAGAAGAUUAUCGAGGACCCAGAAUUUCGCGGUGUCGAGAGGGAAAAGUAUGUAAAGUGGGUGGAUUCGGUUCUCCAAUCACACCGAGGGUCCACUGUGAAAGAAUUACGAAUAUGCUUUAGUUUAGUAAAAUCAGCAGGAAAGUCAAUUACGAAGUGGCUUGAAUUUGCUUUUGAGAGGCACAUUGAAAAGUUGGAGUUGAACCUUUCAGAUGGGGAAUGUGUUCAUCACCCACAUGAAGUGUACGCGUUUCCUCGAGAGUUAUGCAGUAAUAUCAGUUCAGACCAUCCUUACAAAUCUAGUAGACUUUUCGGCU